AUGAAAAAGCUGGCAGAAGUUUAUAGUAAUAUUGAUGGUGCUGAACAGCAAUCGAGGAAAGGUGACUACUUGGGAGCGAUAAAAGAAUACAAGAAAGCUUUAGAUAUCCUUGAUAGAUCGGGCAAAAGUUCAGAAGAGCAAGAUGUCGGUUUAAGUCACGAGGUCACUCGAGCGUUAGAUCUGCUGCAAGAUGAUAUACAAGCGAAAAUUCGAGAGCUGGAGAGUUUGGUAGAGGUACAAAGACCAGAGGAAUCCAAGAACAGCUCAACUGUGGGGUCUUUAUGGAAUGCUUCUUCAAUGUCCAAUCAAACUGUAGUGAAAACGCGGACGUUGGAAGGCUCUUUGAAUGGAACAAUGGGGCUUAUGAUGGAUCCGUUAUUAGUCUCUCUAAUCAAUAAGUUGCAGGUCAACUUCAUCAAUGCUGUCAGUGAAGAACUUAAGCGUACAGAGAGCCAUGACAUUCAAAGCAUUGAAAGUCAAGUGAAGCAACAAAUUGGUAGGUUCAAGAAGGAAUUAGGCAUGUAUGAACAGAAAAAAAUCAAGGAAUAUAAUCUGCGGCUAGAUCAAGCUAUAAAGGAAAAUAAGAAGCUAUCCAAUCAAAUAGUCAAGCUCCGAGAAAGAUGGGAUAGCCUUGUAGAAAGCGCCAAACAACGAAGAAAUAAAAAACAAGAUGAUUAA